AGAAUUGAGUGGCAUCCACAUCGAGGCACCUACCAUUCUAUGAGGACAUAAAGAACUCGAGUAGAGGACCUUGGCAACCACGUGAACAUGGCCAGUUCAGGUGUUGCCCAUAAAGCCAUCGGGAGUUCAGACGAGGAAGAGGAGGACCCUGGAGAUAACACGGCCAUUGCCAGACCGACUGAGGGUGGACCUGACCCUGGAGAUAACACGGCCAUUGCCAGACCGACAGAGCAUGGACCUGACCCUGGAGAUAACACGGCCAUUGCCAGACCGACUGAGGGUGGACCUGACCCUGGAGAUAACACGGCCAUUGCCAGACCGACAGAGCAUGGACCUGACCCUGGAGAUAACACGGCCAUUGCCAGACCGACUGAGGGUGGACCUGACCCUGGAGAUAACACGGCCAUUGCCAGACCGACAGAGCAUGGACCUGACCCUGGAGAUAACACGGCCAUUGCCAGACCGACUGAGGGUGGACCUGACCCUGGAGAUAACACGGCCAUUGCCAGACCGACAGAGCAUGGACCUGACCCUGGAGAUAACACGGCCAUUGCCAGACCGACUGAGGGUGGACUUGACCCUGGAGACCAUACGGCAAAUGCUGUAUCAGGGAGUCAAUCUUUCGUCUCCAGGCCAAGGCGUGGUGGUCCAGCCAGGGGCAUCAUUGUAGCCAACUCGAAGUACGUCAACAUCUCCACUGGGCAGAUGGUACCGGGGACUGUCGGAGAAGAUACUCUCGAACUACGCCUUAGAGAAGCAAAGAAAAUAUUUGUUAAAACGGAAAUCUUCAGAACAGUGAAGCGAAAAGUAAAGCAGUUUGGUCAUGUGACCAUCUAUGGUGCCUCUGGAGAAGGGAAGACAACGAUGGCUCUGAUGUUGGGUUCACGUUAUAGAAACCGAGGUUACCAGGUCGUGUUUGUGGACAGCAUUGAGAAGUUUGACUUGGACAGCUGCCUCAGUUCUACACCAAGAGUAUUUCUUAUCAUUGAUGACUUGUUUGGCACAGUUGGUUUGUCCACCAAUGUUCAACUGAUUAAAACAUUUCUAAACGAUCUUAUUCUCCAUAUAGACCUCUGCAAACAGUCCCAUGAACAAAUGCUGUCAGUUUGGCAAGAUGGAGGUAAGUCCAAUCAUGAUGACAAGAGUAAAGGCCCAACAAAGGACAUUCGUGUCAUUUUCACAUCAAAGUCAUACAACUUUCAUGAUGGACUUGCACAACUGCACUCUGCGUCUAUUUCACUGUUUGGGGAACAAACAAUUAUGAAUAUCACUUUACAUGAUGUAAACUGUCUUUCUCCAGCAGAGAAACAGGAAAUAUAUGAGAGACAUAUGAGCAUGCUAGAUGGAUGCUCCAAAGCUGACUUACCUGAAUACAAUGAUUUGGAAACAGAUUCAAAACUAUUUGGAUUUCCCCUUAUAUGUAAACUUGCUUCUUUUUCAAAAAAUGUCAGAAAGCUUUUCAAGGAACCCUUGUCUUAUUUGAGGGAGGAACUCAAUGACAUAAUUACUUCUAAGAAUGAUAGAUCUGGUGUGUUAGUCCUGAUGUUAUUGUGUGAAGACAGAUUAAAAUUGACAAAGUUAGAAAGCGAGGAUGAGGACCAGGACGUGGAUACGAAAGUCAAACAUGUGAUAGGUCUCAUGCCUAUCGCUACACGCUCUGGGAUGUGCCAAGCAGCAAGACAUUUCCGAGGUACAUACUUCACAAGAGGAGACACUGUAGGCUUUGCUCAUUCUUCAAUCUAUGAUGCUUGUGCCUGUGUCUUAUAUAACAUCAAUCCAAGUUUUGUUUUGAAGCAUUGCAGUGAAGACUUUCUGUACGAGUGUAUACAACAAGGAACAGUACAAGAAACCAAAGUUGAUGAACAUCUUCAGGUGAUUUCCGUUUCUGAAGAGUAUCAUGAUCUUCUUACCACACGGCUUGCAAAUUCUCUAAAGCAAGGAAAUUUUUCUAAGUCAGUAACACAUCCAAUUCUUAAGCAAGACAAACUAGCUAAACAACUUCUUGAAAGAUUACACUUUGAUGGGACGAAACAUGAUUCCACAGGCAAUGCCUGGUUUCAUCAAAGAGAAAAAGGAAAAUGUGUUUUGUAUUGGGCUGUUCUUGGACAUAAUCCAUGUUUGGUUACAAAUGUUGAGAACCAAACUGGAGAAGUGUUUACACAAGACGAGAUCAGAGAGGGUAUGGAAGGUUGUGCCCAAACAAACAACCUGACAUUACUAAAAUGGCUACUCUCCAGGAGUGAUGAGCAUGACCGGAUUAACAGACUGAACAGGCUCAUGUUGUCAGCAGCAGAAAAUGGAAGUACUGAAACACUGUUGUAUCUGCUGAAGGAAGGAGCGAAACCCCAUACUUGUGACUCGAUGAUGCAAAACAUCUUCCAUUUGGUAUGUAAAUCACGACAUGAAAACACACUCCAGGCACUGCUAAAUGUAUCGGUAAACAAGCAUGUUAUAGAUAGUAUUGAUAUUAAUGGCCACACCCCUCUAAUGGUUGCAGCCAUGAAAGGAUCAGAGGAGUGCUUCAAGUUGUUAACACCAUUCUCAAAUAUUGGUGUUCAAGACAUGUACGGAAAUAGCCUAAUUCACCUUGCUUGUCACGGAGGAAACAUUUCCAUUGUUAGACACCUGCUACCAUCCUUUGACAUCAACAAAGCUGGAGUGAAGGGAUGGACACUGAUAAUGGUUGCAGCUGUCACUGGACAGAAAGAUGUGUUUGAUCUCCUGAAAUCAAAGGAGGCGGACCUAUCGCUGUUUGAUACAACUGGUGCUAGUUUACUCCAUCAUGCCUGUCAGGGAGGCAACAUGGCUAUUGUACAACAUCUCCUGUCAGAUUCUGACAUCAACAAAACAGGACUGCAUGGAUGGACACCGAUAAUGGUUGCAGCUCUCUUUGGACACAAAAGAGUGUUCAACAUUCUAGAAUCAAAGGGAGCGGACUUAUCGCUGUUUGAUACAACUGGUGAUAGUUUACUUCAUCUUGCAUGUCAGGGAGGCAACAUGGCUAUCGUACAACAUCUGCUGUCAGAUUCUAACAUCAACCAACUGGGAAUGGUAGGAUGGACACCAAUAAUGGUUGCAGCUAUCAAAGGACACGAAAGAGUGUUAGAUCUCCUGGAAUCAAAGGGGGCGGACCUAUCGCUGGUUGAUACAACUGGUGAUUGUUUACUUCAUCUUGCAUGUCAUGGAGGCAACAUGGCUAUCGUACAACAUCUGCUGUCAGAUUCUAACAUCAACCAAUUGGGAAUGGAAGGAUGGACACCAAUAAUGGUUGCAGCUGUCAAAGGACACCAAAGAGUGUUAGACCUCCUGGAAUCAAAGGGGGCGGACCUCUCUCUUGUUUCUUCAUCUGGUAGUAGUUUACUUCAUCUUGCCUGUCAGGGAGGCAAAAAGUCAAUGGUACAAUAUCUUUUGUCAGAUUCUAACGUCAACAAAACACGAAUGGAUGGAUGGACACCGAUAAUGGUUGCAGCUGCCAGUGGACACAAAGGUGUGUUUGAUCUCCUGGAAUCAAAGGGGACGAACCUGUCGCUGAUUGAUGCAUCUGGUGCUGGUUUACUUCAUUUUGCCUGUCAGGGAGGCAACUUGGCUAUUGUACAAUAUCUGCUGUCAGAUUCUAACAUCAACCAAAGAGGACUGCAUGGAUGGACACCAAUAAUGGUUGCAGCCUUCCUUGCUCACAAAAGAGUGUUUGACUUCCUGGAAUCAAAGCGCGCAGACCUCUCUCUUGUUUCUCCAUCUGGUGCUAGUUUACUUCAUCUUGCCUGUCAGGGAGGCAACAUGGCUAUUGUACAACAUCUCCUGUCAGAUUCUAACAUCAACAAAACAAAAAUGGAUGGAUGGACACCGAUAAUGGUUGCAGCUGCCAGUGGACACAAAAAUGUGUUUGAUCUCCUGGAAUCAAAGGGGGCGGACCUAUCUCAGGUUGAUAUAGAUGGAAAUAGUUCACUUCAUCUUGCCUGUCAGGGAGGCAUCAAAGGUAUCAUAUUACAUCUUUCCCGUCUAUUAUGUCACAGAGACGUCGAUGAAUACAUGUGA